GUUCACCUCUGCAAACAAGAACAGCUGAUGAGAGGAAGGCGCUGUCGUCGUACCAUUACCACGACUCUUCUACUUCGUCUUGAAGGAAGUCCACUGGAAUUACAACGAGUGAACAUGAUAAUUGUCAGUCCGCUAUUGAUUCAUUGUAUGAUAAUUGAUUGUUGUGGUCGUCCCAAUCGGUGCUCAAGCUGAUAGAUUGUCAACGAUAGUGAUUGUGAAAGUGAAGAACAUCCACCAGAGUGGCCAAGAUGAAGCUGGAGCGCGUCGUCACUUUGCUAAGUUGGACCGGGCUCCUGGCGGCCGAUGCUGUGCACGUGCGUGUGGGAAUCGCUACCGGAAUCGCGGAGUCUUCCCAGGACGUCGGAACAAAUGCUCGUGGCAAGAACAUGCUGCUUUCCGCUCGUUUGCAGACGCGCGCGGACUUGAAAGAGAUCACGCAGCAGGAGGCCACCCUGCAGAAGCACAUCUCGCGGGUCUACUCCCUCUUCGAGUUUACGAAGGAGUUGCUGCUGAACGAAGAGAUGGGAGGACGCUCUCCCAACAACAAAAAUACAGCGGCCCGAGUAGACAUCACCGCAUCUAUGCCCGCUGACGUCAAGGCCGCUUACGAGCAGUUGCAGAAAAACGACAAGGCUGCGUUGGGCAGAAAAGGCAUGGUGGGCAACCUGAUGAUGUCUAAAGCGAUGGGGCCGGCAAUCAUGGUGCCGCUGCUCCAAGAAAUGUACGAAAAGUUCAAAGGCGACAUCAAGCGCGCCAAUGCGCAGGAAAAGCGAGCCGCGGACAGGGUGUCGAAGCAAGAAAAGGAGUACGUUGCCUUCCAAAACGAGGGGAAAUCCUACCUGCUGGAGCAAAAAAAGAUAUCCAAGAAAAAAACGUUGUUAGUGUAAAUUUGUGAUGCGCAACAUGCAAGAUGAUUGCGUCUGUCAUGCUUGGCAUGCAUUGUAGGGUCUAUCACAGGGCGUUUUCACGUACCAUCUGCGCAUGACAGGUUUUUGCUGUCAUGCCAGACAGAUUUGUAAUGCUGUUCCUCCAAUAAAAAAGUUACACCUCCUACAAUGUUUUUUUCUUGGAUAAAAGAAAGUGAUCGACUACUACAAGAAGCAACGCGAAAUCCAGCACCACCACUACCACACGAUGCUGAAAAUGGCCCAUGCGAUGAUGCAGCGCAUUACAAAGGUGAAACAAAUGUGCGCGGAUGCGGCUAACGGAAAAAAGCUGUCAGCAAAGCAACUCGAGGAGCUGCGGCUAGCCGCCCCAAGUACGAAGAUUGUGCUGUGAAUGAAAGCAGCCGAAGAAGGAGAAUUCUGCAAGUUACUGAACUGCCGUUAGUCACUGAAAAAUCAAUGCGUUUGCAGUCGUGUUUCGAGUUUUUUUUUCCGAACAUUCAAAAAUAGAAAAGUUGAAUGGCAAUAGAUUUACAUUGACAGGAAGUGGAAGUCGUUAGCGUCUGCAGAAGCGACGAUCUUCAACUGCUACCCAGGGAUCACAACUGACUGUUCCUUUGUUCUUUCUACUACUCGCGAUGCCACGACGUCC